CACACAGUUAUUACUCUCACGGGUUGUUUGAGGUUUCUCUAAUCGUGCACUAAUUGAAAUGAACCUUCGUGUCUCUCCCAGUGUGGUUUUUGUUAAGUUUUGCGUGUUCAUUACACAGAGCACUUGAGGACGCUCUAUCUUCAAAUUCCUCUCUCUACUGAAGUUUCCACGAAGUGUCUCUUAAUCGUGCAGUAAUUGAGGUGAACUUUGAGUUACGUGAGGAAACCAAAAUACAAUAGUGACAAUAACAAAAGUGAUGGAUAGGCGGGUUUGCUGACGGCAGACACAGACAGGCAGGCAGGCAGGCAGACGGGCAGGCAGGCAGGCAGACAGACAGACAGGAAAUGGAGGUGAUGUCCAUGACGCAGAUUGACCGAGAUGGACUUCGUGAUGCCUACAGCGAAGUCCGAGAUGACAAGUCUGAAGUCAACUGGGCGGUCUUCAAGUACGAGGGCAGCCAGGUGAUGGUGGCGGCCAAGGGCGAGUCCUUCGAUGACUUCAAGGCUCAGUUUGGCGAGGACGAGCGAGCGUUUGCCUACAUCCGCCUCCAGACUGGAGACGAGAUGAGCAAGCGGUCCAAGUUCCUGCUGGUGACGUGGGUCGGUCUGGGCGUGUCCCCCAUCAAGAAGGCGAAAAUGUCCACAGAUAAGGCGCUGGUCAAGGAGAUCCUAGCUAACUUCGCGGUGGAGCUGACGCUGGAAAGCCUGUCAGAAUUAGACGUGGAGGCCUUCAGGCAGGAGCUUAUCAAGGCUGGCGGAGCUAACUAUGGCACCGGCAUCCGCGAGUAGCACCGUAGCACCUAGGCACUGGUCGAGCCACAAGGGGACAAGAGAGCCACAAGCACCGCCUCACUCCAGCUGGGACUAACUGUAUUUGACUGAAUCACCGGGCCUUUCCAUCUAAGCCAUCUAUGUUUUGACCACGAGCCUCCAGUUGUUGCUUGUAGAUCAGGUGCCUCCAGAAUAGGGUCUUAUUUUAGGACCCCAGCUGUGCCCUAGGUCCUGCAUCGCAUUGCAGCACACUGGCAUGGUCCCACCUGCGUCUCUGGCGGUGCUCGAGGCCGCAGUGAACCCUUGUGGUAUCGGCUGUCAGGGAUCUAAUCAUUUUUAGGGCCUUAGAAUGAUUCAGUUUCUUGUGGGUUUCAGUAUUUUCACUUCAUAUAACUACGGUGCUCCCAUCCCUGUCGGUCCCUCCCCUACCAGCCAACCAGUCAGAACUCUGGUCAGAGUAUUCCUUCACUAUUUCAUCUGAGUUUCAUGCAGUAUCCCCUCCCAUCCCCGCAAAAGAUAUUUAAGUACGCACAUUAAAUCCUCUGUUCCUCUGUUCGCUCGGUACUGCGGAAACACGUAGGGACAAUCUCAGACCCGUAGCUUAGUGUAUAUCUUGCAUUAGUGACUGGAUUGAAUGUCUGAUGCCUUGAGUAGAUGAGAUCAUGACGCGACUUAAUUGUUAUUUUUUAUAUGCAAAUAUCUUGUCACAGUCCUGACACAGACUCUGGUUUUGUACUGAUAAAUUGGAAGAAACUAAAAUUGUAGAACUAAAUGCUAUAAAUAAUGAAAAGUA